AUGUUUCAUAAUACAUUCCAAAGUGGAUUACUCUCUGUACUAUACAGUAUUGGAAGCAAACCGUUACAAAUAUGGGACAAAAAGGUUCGAAAUGGGCACAUAAAACGGAUCAACGAUGAAGAUAUACAGUCACUAAUAAUCGAAAUACUGGGCACAAAUGUGAGCACUACAUAUAUUUCGUGUCCAUUAGAUCCUAAGAAGACGCUGGGAAUCAAGUUGCCAUAUUUGGUGAUGAUUAUUAAAAAUAUGAAAAAAUAUUUCACAUUUGAAGUACAGAUACUCGAUGAUAAAGGCGUAAAAAGACGUUUUCGGGCAUCUAAUUUCCAGUCCAACACUCGAGUCAAACCAUUCAUUUGUACAAUGCCUAUGCGGCUGGACGAAGGGUGGAACCAGAUUCAAUUUAAUUUGGCUGAUUUUACAAAACGUGCAUAUGGCACAGCUUAUGUCGAAACCCUUCGCAUACAGAUCCAUGCGAAUUGUCGGAUUCGACGAAUUUACUUUGCGGACCGAUUGUACUCUGAAGAUGAACUUCCUGCUGAAUUCAAACUAUAUCUACCGAUUAAAAGUGGUAUCCAAGGAGCUGGCUCUUCACCAACAAGUGACGAUGACCCUACAGUUGCAACGGCAAGUGCUUUUUGCACUUUAAUAUUUUAG